AUGUGCGGCGCGACCAACUACGCGCGCCUGUCGGUGCUCUGGGACGAGCUGGCCCCUGACUUUGAGCGCUACGGCGCCUUCACACGCGACGGCGCGUCGGGGGCCGUGGCGGGGCGGCAGCGCGGCGUGUUCCGCACCAACUGCGUGGACACCCUGGACCGCACCAACGUGGUGCAGGGCCUGCUGGGGCGCAAGGCGCUGGAGGCCACGCUGCGCGCGCUGGGCCUGCUGGCGCCCGGCGCGGCGCUGGCCGCCGCGUACCCGGAGGCGGAGCGCCGCUUCCGCGUGGCCUGGGCCGACCACGGCGACGAGGUGUCGCGCCAGUACGCGGGGACGGGUGCCAUGAAGUCCGCCUUCACACGCACGGGCAAGCGCGACGUCUGGGGGCUGCUGGACGACGGCGCCAAGUCGCUGACGCGCUACUACCUGAACAACUUCCAGGAUGGCGCUAAGCAGGACGCCAUUGACCUCGUCACGGGGGCGUUUGUCGUCAAGACGGGGAGGGAGGUGCAGUUCAGGAGCCAGCCUUCCCCGGCCCUCCCUCUCUUGGCCGUCCUGGUGGCGAUCGUGGUGGCUUUUCAGAACGCUGGGAGGAUCCUGGCCGGACAGGAUCAGGCUUCCAGCGGCGCCCUGGCUCUCCUCGGCGCCUUCGUCCAGAGGGUGGUCCUGCUUCUCAUCCUGGCGCUAGGCGUCGUCAUCUUCCUGUUCAAGAAUGGGCGCAGGUUCGUGGACCAGCCUCAGUUGCGAAAAGACGCCGCGCGGCCAUGGGGUUCCGACUCCUCCUGA